CUCAAAAGAUUAAAUGAAACAGUUUGGGGACAUAUUUCUGUUUCCUUCCCUCCGAACAUAACAAGUGUGAUGUGAAGUAAAAGACCUGAAACGUCUUUCAGCUCUUUCUCUUUCUCCAAGGUCUACGUCAAUGUGAGUUGAUUUCAGAUGAAGUAUCCAGGAGCCUUUAGGGGAAAACUUUUAUGACGUAAAUAGAGCCAAAGACUCAGUGAAYUUAAGAGAAAAGAAAGCUCGGUUUUGCUGUCUAUGGGAUACUCCUGUUUGCUUAGAAAAUCCAAGUUUUGUUGCUGAAUGGAGAAACGGCRAGGAAACUAGAUCAUUUCAUCCAUGCAUCCAUCCUGCUUAUCCUUACAGCACAGCUGAUGCAGAGUGAUAACAGUCAUAGGUYGAAAGGUGGUGGACACCUGGACAGGUAGCUAGUCCAUCACAGGAGACCAUAUCCAGCAUUUUAAAUGUGCAAUACGAUUUUUCAAACUGAAAUUUUCUUCAGUUUGGCUUGCUUUUCUUUUCAGUGUGUGGUGGUAAUGUACAUGUUUGAUAAAGGAGUUUACUUAGAGAAUAUUAAACCAAUUAACUGAGACCACAAUGCUUUCUUACAGGUAUUUUUGUCCUAAUKUAUCUUAAAGGCAGGAAGGCGAAGGUAAAAAAUGUAGUCAUUUAAUUUCUAAAUGACUUUUAGUGGUCAAAUGAAACACUUAUGCAAACUGAAUGUCACAACAUGUCUAUGUAGAUUUAAAAGUAGAAAUGAUUUAUUGAAGUGGAUGCAAAAWGUUUUGGCAGGUUGCAAUAUUGUUAAACCCGUUUGCCUUGACCUCUUGAAGACAGGUCAAGAGUUUUAUUUUCUGUAACACAUACAGUGAUUGUACAGCAGCUGCUUUUUUUUACUUAUGCAGUUGUAUCACAUAUAAUCAAGACCAGAUAUUUCAAUAUCUGGAAAUGACUUGAUAUCAGGUCAUUUGCAGUACCRAACAAUGACCACUAGGUUGAAGCAAAGGACUGUACAUCAAUUUUUAAGACUCAUGAUUUACACAUGAAAACAUUCAUCUGUUUACUAUAAAUACAUGCAUGGAUGCAUGGAGUUGCGCUAAUAAAAUUAUUGUGAAUGUAUAAAAACUUGACUUUUCUAAGUGGUUGUCAUAUAUUGUAUUUAUCAAUAAAACAMAACUAAAUAUUUAUCAUGAGUGGGGACAUAUUUUAGUUAACUAAUUUCUCACAAAAAUAAUCAAAGGAAAGAGCUAACAUAAACCCAAGUAUGACAGGAAAACAUGGUUAUACAAGAUGAAGCUGAAAUUGUAAACCACAAAACAACAGAUUUCCCGGAAGAGGAGCUCCUCCACUCCCUCUGAGAAAAGGGAGGAGUUUUUGAUCCAGGAGGAGGAAACCAUCUGUUCUAUCGGUGUGACUAAAGUUCAUUUGCUUUUCCUGGUUACUCCCCUUUUACGUACUGACACGUUACAGACUUGUUGCGCAGCAAAUUUGCUUCAGGGGAAACGAAACCUAACACACAGAAACUGCUUACCAGAGGAGAAAUGGCACAGCAAGGAUAUCCGAUGGAUUCUGUAAAAUUCUCCUGCUCCAUUUGUUUGGAUCUACUGAAAACCCCAGUGACCAUCCCRUGUGGACACAACUACUGCAUGUACUGUAUUGGAAGUUUUUGGGAUGAUGAAGACAAGAAAGGAAUCCACAGCUGCCCUCAGUGCAGGCAGCAGUUUGCACCGAGGCCUGAUCUGRUGAAAAACACCAUGCUAKCAGAGUUGGUGGAGGAUGUGAGGAAGACUGUACCACAACCGGCUCCUGAUGAUGACUCCCUUGUGGGACCUGAAGAUGUGGCCUGUGACAUUUGCACUGUGAGGAAGAUGAAAGCUGUCAAGUCCUGUCUGGUSUGCUUGGUUUCAUACUGUGAGAAUCACCUCCAACCUCACUAUGACAUCCCUGGACUGAAGAAACACAAGCUGGUGAAUCCGUCCAAGACUCUCCAGGACAACAUCUGCUCCCGUCAUGAUGAGGUGAUGAAGAUCUUCUGUCGUACUGAUCAGCAGUGUAUCUGUUACCUCUGCACUAUGGAUGAACAUAAAGGCCAUGAAACAGUCCCAGCUGCAGCAGAAAGAGCUGAGAAGCAGAAGAAGCUCCAGGAGAGUCGAC